GCGCCCUUCCAGCAAGUGACUCACCACUAUGCUAUCCACUCUAUACCAGCAUGACUCGAUUUGUUUAUAUAAAACGGAUCACCCCCUCUUCCAUCGCCAGCCAAGAAUAAAUACAAAUCUAUUGCUAUUGUUAUUGAUAAAUCAACGCCAAGAUGUUCAUCCCACCCGUCCACGAAGAAAAAGAAACCGCCGCCCUCCUCCAGUUCAUCCACGAGAACCCCCUGGGCAUGCUCAUCACUGGAGUAAAAUCCUCCUCUCACAACUUCCUCCAAUGCACCCACGCCCCCUUCAUCCUUGACGCCGCUCCGGAUCCCGACUCCUCCGACUCAGCUGGCCGACUCCGCGCCCACAUCGCCAAGCAAAACCCGCAGGUAAAGGGCAUAAUCGAAGCCCUGGGGCAGGAACAGUCCAAUUCCACCGAAAACAUCAUACAGCUAGACGAGGAAGUCCUCGUAGUCUUCAACGGCAAGCAUGACCACUACGUUACGCCUAAAUACUACGUCGAGACGAAGCCCGAUACAGGAAAGGUUGUUCCGACAUGGAACUACUCCGCCGUGCAGGUCUAUGGAAAGCUGUCUCUCUACUAUGACUCGAAGACACCAGAGGCAGCUGAGUUCCUUGCGAAGCAGCUCCACGAUCUCUCGCAGCAUACGGAGCGGUCGAUUAUGUGGUAUACGGGUGGUGACCGCGCGCAGCCGUGGAAGGUGGCUGAUGCGCCGGAGAAGUAUAUCGAGUUGAUGCAGAGGAAUAUUGUGGGUAUCGAGAUCCGGAUUGACAAGAUUGAGGGGAAGCAUAAGAUGAGUCAGGAGAUGAAAACGGGGGAUCGGGAGGGUGUUGUGAAAGGGUUUGAGCGGUUGGGAGGAGAGACGGCGACUGCGAUUUCGGCCUUGGUGAAGGAGCGAGGGAUUCUGCAUGAUGAGGAGAAGAGGAAGAAGAAAGAAACGGCUUAGGGUUAUACUAUUACUGGCAUGAAUCGGAGUUGCUUAUCACCUUGUUACCUGCUCUGCGAGUAACUGAUAUAAAGACAGAGAAAUGUUUGAUACUAAAUGCGCUAAUAAUGCUGCAAC